GAAGACUCUCUGCUCUAGAAAAUAUCCGGAAUUGAAGAAAAUUGUAGCGAACGCCUCCUUUUGCGCGCGAUCACCAGAUAUGAAAUUAUAUGCAAAUCCACGAUCUACGCUGAACCUGGGCAAGAAUCGACGUCGGAUCACGAUCUCGAUCGCCAGUAUCAUGCAAUUGAAAGUGACGGCGUUCCUCUGUCAUGGCCGCGACUCUCCGGUGUGCCGGGGCUCGCAUCGCUAACCAUAACGAAUACAGAGCAGAGGACGAAGAAGAGGAAGGUAUCGCGGAACGCGGUGGAAAGGUCGGGGCACAUGGUGGCCAGCGACGCGGGGAUCGCGUGGCUCGUCCGCGAGGCGAUGGACGGCCGCGGAAGGAUCAAGCUUAGGAAGCUGUCACGCAGCCGAAUGUCGCGGGCCGCCGUUUCCGCUACCAAGCUGAAGCAGUGCGUCAGAAAGCAGCCGGCUAAAAUAAGGAAAUGCAUGUGCCUGCCAUCCAAUUACGCUCUCGUUGAAUUCCCCGUGGUCUGGUCCGAACUUAGAGCAAACCAGCAAUUAUGCGACGGUGCAAUACGAUGUGCCACGGGCCACAUUUUCCCAGUGCAUCGCGCCAUUUUAUCCGCAGUCAGUCCAUACUUCAAAGCGCUUUUCACUAACAGCCUGAAAGGCGGGAAAACAGAGACGACGGAAGUCGUGAUCGAUUCGGUUCCUGGAAAAAUAUUUAGUCUGAUCCUUGAUUACGCUUACACCGGUACGUGCAACGUAAAUGCUGACAAUGUCGAGCAGCUUUUGCCACUGGCUGACCAGUUCGAGGUCCUCGGCGUUGUUCAAAUCUGCUGUCAGUUUCUCUUACAAGAACUUCGACCAGAAAAUUGCCUGGGCAUCUUCAAAUUCGCUCGCCACUAUUUCUGCCGCGACCUGGAAGAGAAGGGCCGGAAAUAUAUUCGCCAUCAUUUUAAGCGGAUACUGCAGGAGAGCCCGGAAUUCAAAGAGCUGACGAGCAAAGAACUCGAGGCGAUUCUACGCGACGACGAAUUGAACGUUAAAAACGAAGAAAUAGUUUUCGAGGCCGUUAAAACCUGGAUCGAGCAUAACGUCGAUGAAAGGAGGCCCUAUUUGCCUAGGCUCUUGAAAUGUAUGCGCUACGGUUUGAUGAGUUACAACUUCUUUACGAACAAUGUUCUCACAUGGAAGAUCAUCGAGGAGGAUGAAUGCUGUCAACAAGCGUUAGCUCCCGCUAAUCAGUACCUGAAAGAACAAGAAGCGAAACUAGGUAGCGGCGAAAUCGAUUUAAAGAAUCCCCUGGCCAAACCCCGUAUUCCCUAUGAAAUCUUGUUCGCGAUCGGCGGAUGGAGCGCCGGUUCCCCGACAAAUUUCGUAGAAACCUACGACACGAGAGCUGACAGAUGGUUUCUAUCAGUGAGCACGGACGCCACACCGAGGUCCUAUCACGGCCUGUGUACAUUGAACAAUUUGAUCUACAUGAUCGGUGGGUUCGACGGUAAUCAGCACUUCAACACGGUCAGAUGCUUCGAUCCAGUAACGAGGGAGUGGCGUGAACGAGCCUGCAUGUAUCACGCGAGGUGUUAUGUCAGCGUUUGCACUCAUGGUGGAAAGAUAUAUGCUCUCGGUGGUUACAAUGGCCGCACCAGAAUGAGUUCAGGGGAAAGAUACGAACCGCAAAGGAACCAAUGGGAAAUGAUACCACCGAUGCAUCGACAGAGAUCGGACGCGAGCGCAGCAGCCUUACAGAACAAGAUCUACAUCGUAGGCGGUUUCAGUGGUCGCGAAGUUCUGAAUUCCGCGGAAGUGUUCGACGUCGAGACUAAUCAAUGGAGUUACAUCCAUCCGAUGAUUAAUCCACGAUCCGGCGUGUCUUUGGUCGCGUUUCGUGACAGCCUUUAUGCCUUGGGUGGCUUCAACGGUUUCAUUAGACUUAGCUCUGGGGAGCGUUACAAUCCGAAUCAUUCGGAGGAUUGGCACGCGGUUCCAGAGAUGUUCAGCCCCCGCAGUAAUUUCGCCACGGUCAUCCUGGACGACAUGAUAUUCGUCGUCGGUGGUUUCAACGGUUCCACGACGAUUGCAUACGCGGAAUGUUACGACGGUGACAGCAACGAAUGGUACGACGCAUCGCCGAUGAAUUUGAAUCGAAGUGCCUUGAGUGCGUGCGUUAUCGCGGGCCUUGACAAUGCGCGCGAAUACUCCUAUCACGGCAAAGCGCGAGAUCUUGGUCAAGGUCAAGCCUCGUCGGAAAACCAACAAAAAACUAUCCAGGGUGGAGAGGGUGCUGUAGAAACGAACGCGGACGUCCCCACCGAAGAGGAGGAAACAGCAAACUUCGAUGAACACGUUCAAAGGGAUGUCAGCCCUAUGAACGAGAUGGCUGAAAGUGUCGGCAAUUAUCUAGGAUAAUUCAAAGAACAUUAUACUUCAAAUUAGAUUUUCUAAAGUUUAAAAAAAGAGA